AAAGCCCUGGCAGGGAGUCCCGGCCGUGACACGGAGCUCUGCAGCAGCAGUGGAGAUGUGGGCACGGUGCCAGAGGGCGUCACGCCAGUCACCCGCCCUCCUGGAACACCUCCCACCCCAUGCCCUCCCAUGUGUGAAGAGCAAAAACAAAGUUGUCGGACGGCUGCGGGGGAUCUCCAGUGGGAUGAACAUGGCUACGUGUUGUACUGUCCUUGCAUGGGUCGCUUUGGGAACCAAGCAGACCACUUCCUGGGUUCUCUGGCCUUUGCGAAGAUGUUAAACCGAACCUUGGCAGUCCCUCCUUGGAUUGUGUACCGUCAUCACACUCCUCCUUACACCAAUGUCCACGUCCCAUACACGGACUUCUUCAAACUGGAGGCCUUGUCCGCCUACCAUCGCGUGGUGGCUUUGGAGGACUUCAUGAGGGAGCUGGCAGACCAACACUGGCCUCCAGGACACAGGAAGGCCUAUUGCUUCGAGGCGGCUGCUCAGCGGAGCGCCGACAAACGCUCCUGUCCCAUGAAGGACGGGAACCCGUUCGGUCCGUUCUGGGAUUACGCCGGCGUGGAAUUUGACGAGUCGGUUCUUUUUAGUGGGAUUUCCUUCAGUAGCUACCAUCGGCAGCAGUGGAUGAAGACUUUCCCUCCCGACGAGCACCCGGUCCUGGCAAUGCCCGGAGCGCCGGCCCAGUUCCCGGUGGUGGAGGACCACGUGGGUCUGCAGCGCUACGUGGUGUGGUCGGACAAGAUGGCGGAGGAGGGUCAGGGGCACAUUGCUUCCCUGCUGACCAGACCGUAUGUCGGCAUUCACUUGAGGAUCGGCAGCGACUGGCAAAACGCAUGUGAACUGCUAAAGAGCGGCGACGCGGGGCCGCACUUCAUGGCCUCCCCGCAGUGCGUGGGCUACAGCCGACAGACGGCGCUGCCUCUCACCGACGCCAUGUGUCUGCCCGACCUGGCCGAGAUCCGCCGCGCCGUCAAGCUGUGGGUGAAGAAGACCUCGGCUCGCUCCGUCUACAUCGCCACCGACUCCGAGUCCCACAGCGGCGACAUCGAGAAACUCUUUAAGGGCAAGGUAAAAGUGCUGAGCUUGCAUCCCGACUGGGCCCAGACGGAUCUUUACAUUCUGGGCCAGGCCGACCACUUCAUCGGAAACUGUGUCUCCUCUUUUUCUGCCUUCGUCAAGAGAGAGAGGGACGCCCACGGCCUUCCCUCCUCCUUUUUUGGCAUGGACCAGCCAGGAACGGCCGCUAAAACCGCAUCAGACUCAGAACGGUUCCAUUUAGACCGGAACAUUCUCCACGGGCUAAAGCCUCACGGCUCCAUCGGAGGAGGAAGUCCCCAUGGUGACCACCUCUCACCUGGCAGCUUCAUCAAGCUUUGGUUGAGCCAUCGCGCCAAGGAGAAGCCAGAGCUCGAAAACCCCCUUCCGUCAUUUUGGGAACGUAAACAAAGCCAUUGUUUAACCUUUGAAACCCAGAGAAAAAGCUUUCCUCCCGCCCGCCCCCUUCCUCCAUGCACCGACCACAGUCAAGCACAGCGGCCGCCGACAACAGUGGUGAGGUCAAAGGUGAGAAGUCACAGAGGUCAGCAGCAGCAACCAGAGGGGGGGGGGGUCACCCUGGUGUGUGAGUGUGUGUGUAUCACCAUACUGAACAGUUUGGACUUCCAUUAAAAGUACAAAGAAUAGCGACAUAAAUACUGUAUUACAUUGCUAUUCUUUGUUAUACAAAAACUAAACGCUGUUAUUAAAAAUAAAGUCUUAGGCCCUCAAGUAUGGUGAUACAAAUAGUGUGUGUGUGUGUGUGUGUGUGUGUGCUGACUCCAGUUGUUUAUUGCAGUGUGUGUGUGUUGCAUCAUGUGUUGGAUCACUUCAGUCCAUCAAAGAUCCUUUUUUUUUUUUUUGCAUGGAAAAGAAAACUCCCCAAAGGAGAAAAAAAGU